AUGUGUGGAGACUCCGAGUGUGAAAGUAAGUACACAACAAGAGAAAAAAGAAAUAUGCAGCACAUAUAACAAAUUCGUUUUUUCUAUCCUAUCCUGUAAAGUAAAAAUUCCUAUGAUUACCUUAUGUGACUUUUCAUAGGCUUGCUGAGUCGGGUCAGGGCCAGAAAUAUACAAUAAUGUUUGUACCCUAUACUGUAUUUCAGAUUGACAGACGAUUUGGGUAUUUCCCAAAAUAUGCUGUGAAAGUUGAUGAAAUUUAUGCAAACACAGAGAAAGAAGUAGCCACACAGGUAAUCUUUACACAGCAGUACUCUAUGCAUUUUAGUUUUGGGAAUGUAUAUGUGUACUGAAUGUAUAUGUGCAUUAAAGGGUGAAUAAUCGGUGCUGUAAAACUUGCUGUUAAAGACAUUAUGUUAAAGCUAUUAUUCUGUUCCUUUCAGAAACAUGACUUCUUCUGCAUUGAUGUUUAUGGCAUAUUAAUUGAUAAUGACUCCAGUGAGUGGGACAAUGAAGAUUAUAUAGUUUCAGAAUUUCAAGAGAUCGCCACCAAUAAUGCUCAAAAAUCUAAAACUUCCAAAGAUGCCUUUGUGUCCAAACAUUGA